GGCUGCAAUCUGAGAAGGCAACGGAGCGGUGUUUUAGAUGGUCUACUAUUUCUAGCAGCUAUACGACUCUGCUAUCCAGCCCGCCCUCCUAUACUAGAGCUAAUAAGAUUGCAGGAUGGCGGACGAAGCGGGAAUUUUCUCGUCGGCGGCAUUUAGCACGGUUGCCAGCAACGGUGCUACUCCCACGGGGGCACCAGGCAACGGAGAGGAGGGACAAAUGUCCUGGAAACUAGCGAGGAAGGCGCUCAUCAAGGCCGGCUCCCCGGGCGCCGCUGCCAACGGUGACUCGGCAGCAAGUCAUGGCGGGAGUCUCGAAGGAGCCGACCCCGAGCUGUGCAUAACGCUCCUGGAACGGGGCCUCAACUUUAGCGGUCUGAAGGCUCGGCUCAAGGCCGCCGACCAAGCAUGGAUGGAACACUUUAUCACGGUCGGAGGUAUCCCGGCCCUCUUCGACGCUCUGGAGACGCUGGGAAGGAAGGGUUUCUCGGGUAUAGUGGGCGCCAUCCGCCAGCUCGAGUGCGUCGGGUGCGUGCGAGCUGUUAUGAACAACCGCUUCGGGCUGGAGUUUAUCGUCGAAGCCCGCGGAGAAUCGUUCGUGAAACGACUCACUGACGUGCUGGACACCAACAAUGCUCUGGUGAAGAUACAAGUAUUUGAGCUCCUGAGCGCGCUCUGCGUCUACUCUCCACACGGCCACCAGCUAGCCUUGGAGGCUCUCAAACACUACAAGAGAACCAAGUGUCAAAGAUACAGGUUCAGUCUUCUGCUGCAAGAGAUCAAAAAUGCAGAGACGCACGAGUACGCAGCAGUCAUCAUGGCGUUCAUCAACUGUAUAAUUACGGGGGCACCCGAUCUCGGCCAGCGGCUGGCUUUGAGAAACGAAUUCAUCGCAAUGCAGCUGCUGGAUGUGCUGGCUCCGAUGAGGUCAUCGGCCGAGGAAGCCCUAGCAACGCAGAUCGAGGUGUUUGAAGACAGUCACCAUGGCGACCAGGCCCAGCUGGAAAUGCCAGGAGACGUGGACAUCAGUAGUCACAGCGACUUAUUCACUGCCGUUUUUGCCAGAGUCUGCAGCACCCCGAACUCCCUCUCCUUCCUCAACAUCCUCCAAAACCUCCUCCUCAUCGACCCCACCACUGAUCUGGGGACUGCACUCUGGACCACUGUAGCUGAGCUCUGUCGUAAGGCAGUACAGGUGGAAGAGGCACAAGAAGCUGACAAACUCAAGACGUCAUCCAUCGAGAGAAUUCGGUUGGUCCUCCGCGAACAGGAGAGCAAGCCUCCGCCAUCGUCCGCAGCUGCCCCUCCCCUCCUCCUC